GUCUGCCUUGACACAGACCAACUCUGUUUUGACCUGGAUGUAACUCACAGGCGGCAGCACUUCUCAAACCAAACCAAACUUCACGCACAUCAGAAUUUUCCUGAAAUUGGGAAUUAUCUUCCUAAUUUUUCUCCACAGAAAUCCGCCGCUGUAACUGGUUCAAACCGGUUAACAUUGGUCGUUUGGUUGCGGUCAGCGUGUUGUUGUUACCGGAGGUCAGCGGGUUUCCAGGUGAAAACAGAGCGCCGUCGAGAUGCUUUCCUCUGGCAGGACCGUCUCCUCCCGCCUGCUCAGGCCGGUCGCAUGGUUCCCUCUCCGGCUGGGCUCUGACGGGAGAGCCGCGAGCUCUCUGCAUAAAGAGAUGAUUAAGAAACAUGAACUGGAGGUAGAUGAGCUCCGCCCCCUCUAUAUGGAUUUCCAGGCCACCACACCCAUGGACCCCCGUGUGCUGGAUGCCAUGCUGCCCUUCCAGGUGAAUUACUAUGGUAACCCUCACUCCAGGACCCACGCCUACGGCUGGGAGAGCGAGACUGCCAUGGAGGCCGCCAGGAAGCAGGUGGCUGAUCUGAUUGGAGCUGAUCCCAGAGAGAUCAUCUUCACCAGUGGAGCCACUGAGUCCAACAACAUGGCCAUCAAGGGUGUGGCCAGGUUCUACCAGGCCAAGAAACGUCAUGUGAUCACUACGCAGACAGAACAUAAAUGUGUUCUGGACUCGUGUCGAAUUCUGGAGGCGGAAGGAUUUGACGUCACGUACCUGCCAGUUAAGCAGAAUGGGUUGGUGGACCUAGAGCUGCUGGAGGCCUCCAUUCGUCCUGACACCUCUCUGGUGUCGGUGAUGACCGUCAACAACGAGAUUGGAGUCAAGCAGCCUAUCAAGGAAAUCGGUAAGAUUUGUCGUUCUAAAGGAGUCUUUCUCCACACUGAUGCUGCUCAGGCUGUUGGAAAGGUUCCCAUCAACGUCUCCGACUGGAAGGUUGACCUGAUGUCCAUCAGUGGUCAUAAGAUCUACGGACCCAAAGGUGUGGGGGCUUUGUAUGUGCGUCGCCGACCCCGAGUGCGUUUGGAGCCGCUGCAGAAUGGCGGCGGGCAGGAGAGGGGGCUGCGCUCUGGCACGGUCCCCACCCCGCUGGCUGUUGGGCUGGGAGCCGCCUGCAACAUUGCCAUGCAGGAGAUGGAGUAUGAUCACGACAGAGUGUCCAUGCUGGCAAAUCGUCUGGUUCAGAAGAUCAUGUCUGCGAUCCCUGAUGUCAUAAUGAACGGAGAUCCUGAACAACGCUACCCUGGCUGUGUCAACCUGUCCUUUGCCUAUGUGGAGGGAGAAAGUUUGUUGAUGGCACUGAAGGAUGUCGCUCUGUCAUCUGGCAGUGCAUGUACAUCUGCUUCUCUGGAGCCCUCAUAUGUCCUCAGAGCAAUUGGAGCAGAUGAGGACCUGGCUCACUCUUCCAUCAGGUUUGGUAUUGGCAGAUUCACCACAGAAGAUGAGGUGGACUACACAGCAGAGAAAUGUAUCCAUCAGGUCCGCAGACUCAGAGAGAUGAGUCCUCUGUGGGAGAUGGUUCAGGAUGGCAUCGACCUGAAGAGCAUCAAGUGGACGCAGCACUAGACUCCUCCUACUACUUGCCCGCUUCCUAGCUGAUGAUGACGACGAUGAUAGUUCCUAGUGAAUUCUGGGAACGGACCAGCUUUUUCUUCCUGUACACAAACACGCACAAACUUCCUGUCUGACUUGAAGUCUGUUUGUAACUGUAGCUCUGUGUCUCUGUAGAUCCUCCUGUAGUUGCUCUCUCGGGAGAUAUUGCUCAGAGAGUUGACCAGCACAUGGCAACCUCUGGUUGUUGUGAUAACUCUGUUGUACAUUAGUCUGCCUGACUGAAAAGUUGUCAGGGGUUAUAAGACCUGGGUCCUGUAUCACAAACUCAGUUCAUCUUACUGUGAUUUUCGUUGGGUUACCUGGCUUCAGUGAUCCUAAUGAUGGUAUCAAGAAGCUGGUUUUUAUCCGGCUCCUUUAGCUCAGAGUUUACUAAUUCAGCUCUGAGCACAUUCAUUUGAAAGUGGAGGGAUUCUUGGUAUGAUAUGACACAGCAGUGAUACCUGUAUGUACAUUCUGUUACUGAGGAACCAAAAAGUGAAAUUUCAAGAGGCGAUGAUAACACAACAAUAAUAAAAUAAGAAACUGUAGUAGGAAUAACAUCCAGAUAUUGAAAGUGAGAGGGCCGUAGGACUGGAACAUUUAUCAGCAGUUUGCAAGUGACUGUUAUUUUUUGUGUGAGAAAGUGGUGAUCAAAAAUCUUUCCAUGGUGAUUUGCUCCGGUUAAAAGUGAGCCAGCUUCAUGAUACCAGAAAAACCAAAGUUAAACCCAAAGACAGCUGUCGAAACUGCUAAUCCCACUUCAUGAUACAGGCUCUUGUCAAGGUGUCAGGCCACCAAGAUGGACAACAACCAUCUGUGACAAAGAAAAUGGGAACAAAGGGUAGUUUUGCUUCGGCGAGGCUACAGGUGGCAACUGGAAGCAGCAGACUUACUGUACAUUCACUGAGUUAUCUGAAGAUUUGAUGAUUCACUAAAAUAUCAGAAGCUUUCACUUGAUUCACAGACAAAUAUAUCCUGCUCUAUUCACGGGUGAUACACUGUCCUAUAUCUGUCUUCAAAUCAGAACUCAGUCUUGUAGUUUCUGUUUCUCCUCCCACAUCAGUUUUAAUAUCCAAUCAAACAGUGUUAGCAGCUGCAGUUUCACUAUUGUGUUUAAGUCUGGAACACUCUACAAGAAGCAGAAAACAAAGUCGAAACAGCUCCAGUCCAGUUCCUCACAUACUUACUGGGGGUCACACUUCUGUUACAUACAUGAGUCUGAGGUUGAUGAGACUCUCAAGGUGAUCCUGAGGUCUGUACACAAAAAAAUUAGGAAGUAAUUUGAUACAUGUCUGGGAUGAUUUAAAUUCUUGUAUUGUGUUCCUCGAUGUAGUCGGCUGAGCCUCUAAUUCAUAUUUAUAGCAUUUACUGUCUUUUACUGAUGCUCCCAUCAUAUGCACAAUAUUAUUUUCCAAUAAAGUACUGCUUCAUGAUUA